AACAAUGGGUUGUCCUUUCGUUCCCUCCCUAACGUCCUGACUGUUUGUCCUUCACAAUGUUAGUUGGCGAAGUUUCUAUGUUAAGAAAUUAUGGUUUCCACAUUCCAUUCUCCAUCUCCAAUUUCAUCUUCUUCACCCAAAACCUAAAAUUCCUCUCUCUCUCUCUCUCUCUCUCUCUCUCUCUCUCCCUUCUUCUUUUCUAUGAGAAUCCCACAAUGCUUGGCGGCGGAGGCUCAUUCAGAGGCGGCCAAGAUUUCUUCGGACGCAACAAUAGCAACAGCAUCUCACGUUCCAACAAGCUCAUCAAAUCCCCCUUCGACAACUCCAACAUCCCCCCUUUUCCCUCCUCCACCGCUACUGCCACCGCCGACCAACCCAUUUUCCGGCCUUCAAUGGACACCGACCCCGACCCCGAACAUUCCUUCUUCGAACCCGCUUCCACUUCCCCUUUCACCAAAUCACCAUGGUCCUCCCAUUUCAACUCCGAUGCCUUACCUUCCCCCGCUGACAACACUUCCUUCCUCCCCAAUAUCCUUAUGGGUUCUCUCGUCCGCGAAGAGGGUCACAUCUACUCUCUCGCCGCUUCUAGGGACCUUCUCUAUACCGGAUCCGACAGCAAGAACAUCCGUGUUUGGAAGAACCAUAAGGAAUUUUCCGGUUUUAAAUCCAAUAGCGGUUUGGUUAAAUCCAUUGUAAUCGGUGGGGGGAAGAUCUUCACCGGUCAUCAAGACGGUAAGGUUCGGGUCUGGAAAAUCUCGAGUCGUGACCCAAGUGUUCAUAAGCGAGUUGGGACUCUCCCCACUUUAGGCGAUUACAUCAAAUGCUCGAUGAGACCCAGUAAUUAUGUGGAAGGGAGACGACGGAGGAAUCUCUGGAUUAAACAUUUCGAUGCCAUUUCGUCACUGAGUUUAAGUGAGGAUCAAGCGUUUUUGUACUCUGCUUCAUGGGAUAAAACUUUUAAGGUCUGGAGAGUUUCCGAUUCAAAAUGCUUGGAGUCGAUUGAGGCUCAUGAAGAUGCUGUUAACACUCUGGUUUCAAGUAUCGAUGGAAUGGUUUACACUGGGUCAGCCGACGGUAGCGUUAAGGUAUGGCGGAGGGAGCUUCAAGGGAAGGGAACGAAACAUUUCUUCUCGCAAACUUUGGUCAAACAGGAAUGUGCGGUCACUGCUCUUGCUGUAAACGAUGACGCUACUUUCGUUUAUUGUGGUUCUUCCGAUGGAGUUGUUAAUUUUUGGGAGAGGGAGAAAUCAUUGUCCCACGGCGGCGUUUUAAGAGGUCAUAAGCUUGCAAUACUCUGUUUGGCUACCGCCGGUCAUUUGUUGUUGAGUGGCUCCGCAGAUAUGGGGAUUUGCGUUUGGCAGAGGAUAGCUUCGGAUCAUUUUUGUUUGUCGGUAUUGACAGGCCACACGGGGCCGGUGAAAUGCUUGGCCGUGGAGAAGGACAAUGAAGUCAGUGAAGGUGAACGACGAUGGAUUGUUUAUAGUGGGAGUUUGGAUAAGUCAGUGAAGAUGUGGAGAGUAUCGGAACAGCCCCCGUCGACCUUCCAAAGGUCACCGUCUUUCAUUCCGGAAUGCUCUCCGACCGCCGGCCUCUUGGUAAAUGCUCCCAGUUUCGUUAUUCGAGAACAGUAACAAAAAAACAAAAUGAAUCAAAACUUUUCUAUUAGUUCAUAAACUUUUAAAAUCAGUCUCCAAUUAAACCUCUAAAGUUUUUAAAAAAUGUUCAAUAGAUCCAUUUAUUAAAUUCUUUA